UCGCCACAGUAUAUCAUAUGUACCUACGCUGUUAUUAUUAAACCCAUUCCCGUGCAACUGCCGAGUUGCGGUGCCACUCGUCGGCAGUCGUACACGUACGCCAGACUCCAGCGCACCGCGCCCGUAACCGUCUCUUUAUAAACAGCGAUACGACCGUGAUGGUCGUCGCCGCGAGUCUCUCGCAUCGGUCACCGUAGUUUAUAUACCCGGUAAUGUACGUCAAUCGGUGCACGGAGUUCGUCCGUCCUCGUCGUCCGUCCGUCCGUUAAUACGCUCUACCCGCGAAUAACAACGGCAAAAACAAUAUCGUGCGCCUGCUGUGUACAUUCGUCGUUGUAAAUCGCGCGUUUUACUCACGGUUCACGGUGUCUCGGAGCGAUCGUCACGAUACCGCCGUAUCGUCCAUAGUUCCACGUACAACUUACUGUCAUCGCAUACGAUGUUAUAACGACUAGCCGUUAUCUCGUUUUUCGAAAAGUGUAUCGCGCCCGCCAAAUCCGCCGGAUGCCAGCUAUCAUCGUCAUAAUAUAGUGCGCGACGUACAUCGCAAUAUCGGAAAUAUGUGAUCCUGUGGUGAACUUGGAUAUAUUAUAUUAUGCCGAUCAGUCGUCUUUAUUUCGUCGACCUCCGGAUUUCUAACGCCGACGCCGCCGAUCCGACGUGUGCGUGCACCACGCAUUUGGAUUUAUCUUCAGCAGGUAGAUAAUGCCAAAAUCUUGGAAUGGUGGAUCUGAACCCGGUUGAGGAACCGAUGCUAGACGAUGGCCGAACGGCCCUGCAUUACGCCGCGUCGACGGGCGACAGUGGCUCGGUGGCCGAACUAUUGGCCGCCGGGUCCGUGGAUGCCAACGCCCAGGACGCUGUCGGUUAUUCGGCCGUGCAAAUUGCCGCGGCUGAAGGCCACUUGGACGUGCUGCGACUGCUGUUGCGACACGACGCCAACGUCAACCUGCACGACAACCUGCAUGGUAAUACGGCCUUACACGAGGCUAGCUGGAAGGGUUAUAGCAAAACAGUGGCGUUGCUCGCAUCUUCCGGCAGCGACUUGGACCGCAAAAAUUAUGGAGGAUCGUCUGCAUUGCAUUUGUGCUGCCAGAACGGACACAACCAAAGCUGUCGGGAGCUCCUACUCGCCGGAUGUGAUCCGGAUGUCCAAAAUAACUAUGGUGAUACGCCGCUUCACACAAGCGCCAGAUAUGGACACGCCGGAGUACUGAGAAUAUUAAUAAGUGCUCAGUGUAAAGUUUCUGAACAAAAUAAAAAUGGCGAUACAGUGCUGCAUAUUGCUGCAGCUAUGGCCAGGAAAAAAUUAACUAAAAUAAUUUUGCAAGCUAAAUGUAAUACUACAUUAAAAAAUAAGCAAAAUGAAACUGCCAGAGAUAUUGCAGAACGUAAAAAUUUGACUGAUAUUUUAGAAAUUUUAAAGAAUCCCAUGUACAAAAAGAAAGGCAGCAGUUCAAAAACGAAAAAUGAUUCGAAGGAAAGUAAAAAACGAACUGAUACGAGUAUUAAAAAACAAUGGUCUCCCUACGGUUGUCAUUAUUUUCCGGAUACUAAGGAGUUUCCGAAACCAAAGCUGAACUCUUUACCUGAAGAACCAUUACACGCAGGUGAACAAUAUUAUUUAGACUUAGCUGGAAAUAUUAGAAAAGGACCAGUAGGAGUAGGGUACACAUGUUAUUGUGCACCCUUUUUCAAAGAGUUAGAAGCUCGAUUAGACCAUAAUACAAAAAAAUUGAAACGGCAGAUUUGUCGUACCGAGGAUAAUAUAAAUCGAAGAUUGUGUUCAGUUGAGAAACAGCUGAAGCGAUCAAAUGAAAAACUUCAACAGGUGUCUGAAGAAGUGAGCGACAAUGACAGCGAGUUGGAGAACCGGUUUCGAACAGAAUGUGCUAUUGAUACCACGGUCAUGGACCCAAACUUACGAUGGCGGUUGGACUAUCUGACAGCUCGGCGUCACGAUGAUAUUCCAUGCAAUGAUUCUGGAUAUAGUACCAAAAUGUUUAGCAACUCCCAAGGCCCCUCACCUUCAUUGUCCAGUAAAUUUAAUGGAGAAUAGUGCAGUACCUGUCAUAGAACACAGUAAAAUGCCAAAAUCAUUAAGUGUAUUACCUGACAAUAACAACAUGGAAAGUAUUGUAUGAUCAAAACGUGCCAAAGUUAUCUAAACACUUUUAUAUUUCAAUAAAAAAAAUUAAUUUUAAGAAUUACAAUUUAUCAUAAGUUUUUUUAUAUUUUUGUAUCUUAAAUAGUUAUACAGUGCAAUAUACAUUAUAUUUUGUUAAUUUAUUAAUAUAUUUUUUGUAAAUAAAAUUAUUCAAUAACUAUAAA